CAAUCACACUGAGCCGUUAGUAUAGCAAAGCGAAGUGUUAGCGAUAAAGCGUUCGAAAUGAGUUCCUCCCACACGAAUUUCUCCGGCCCCGGUACCGGACCGAAUAAUAUCGGAAUCAAUUCACCGGCGGUGUCGUCCAGAGGCCUAUUUGGACUUGCCACAUCUACGUACACCGCGGUAAAGGAUGGAAAAAUCAGUCAAUCGGAAGGUCGAGCUCGAGGUCAGCAACUCAUCCAGGCGAACAAAGACGCGACGAAUCUUAAAAUUAUUAAUCAGACCUUCCGGAAAUAGAAGACCAAUCAUUUUUUGACUCACGUAUAUAAUAUUUCACAGGUAUUUAGUCGUGGUGAAAUUUUUAUACGCUAUAUAAUCGUAAAGCUGCGUAGCUAUCGAUGGUAUAUUAUGCUGACAAGGCGAGGCGAUAAAUUUCUAGAAAUAAUUUAAUCGAGAUUCAAUCGAGUCAAUGGUAGAUUAUUGAUUUAUAAUUAACAAUCUAUGACUGAUAUUGAUGUUUCCUCAUUCGUUGCAAUAGGCUUAUCACGAAUUGGAUUUUAUUGAUUACGCUGAAUAUGACAAAGACAAAUGACGUUUGUAAGUAGAUUUAUUAUCUUCUUCUUUCUGUGAAAAUAGCUGUCAUUAGAUAACUCAGAAAGUUUCUGCACCGUUGAAGGUGCUGUCAUUUCUUUUUUAUCUAAAUCGAUGUAAGAAUGAUAAUCCGAUUCAUGUACAGAUAACGUUUGAAUUCAAAUAAAAUCAAGAUUUGUCUGAUAAAAAAUUUGCCAAAAUUUUCUCACAUUUCCCAGUGAAAAAUCUGAAAUGACUCGGUUUAAGGUCAUCAUCUGUAUUUUUGAAGAAUAAUUGUGUAAGUAAAACGUAAUCGUAGAGAUCUAGAGAUCUAGAGAUAAUAGAUGCGGAACAUGAUUGGAAAUAAUCAUAGUUUUGUUUUUUUCGAAACAAAUAAAGAAUGUAUCCAGAUGAAUCAUCGUUCUGCACGGUUUAGCUUAUCUGUGUAACAAAUUGAUAAAUUAUACCCCACGCGCCACGGUUUGUAUUCAACACAACCAAUGCAGUUAUUAAAGCACGAAAAGGUGCUACUGAUAGAUUACUAGGUAUACACGUGCAUUAAUUUGGACUUCUGCCAAUAAUUGUCAUUAACUAAUUGAUUUAGUUCGCGAUUGCCAGACGCAAAAUGAACAAGAAUCCUACUGUGCUAUCUUCCGCUUCAUGUUAGCUACAUUCCAAAUUCAAUUCGCCACCCCUUCGACACGCAGAAAAAAUGGCAACUGACAAUGUAUCAACUUUUACGACUCGUUCAAAGAAAUUUAUGAUAAAAGAUCGAAGUUUGUGAUUUUUUUUUUCACCAGGCAACGCAGAUUACGUUCGCAGCAACAUCCUCUACUUUUUUGCAGACUGGCAGAAAUCAUACAACCCUCAAAAGCAGAGGAGUAAUGCUCUGGUGCGAAGACACGGAAAGAGAAAAAUUUUGCGAGAAUUCUGUGACCUGCAUUCCUUGUAUAAUUCCUUGAACAUUCUCGUUUACAGAAACAGCAAAUUAGUUUGUCAACAAUAACCAUUAUUAUCUGAUCAAAGAAGACAGCCCCGUCGAGGACCUGGUAACAAAGAAACAAUGGACUAUAAUUAUGGCAAUCUAAAUGAUUAAUGCUGUAAUGAUAUUGCUCCAUAGAAUACUUGAGAAGGUUGAAUUUCAGGGAAUAACCAGCGCUAGCUUAAGAUAAAUGUUUACGGAAGUGAGCUACGCCCGUUUAUCAGAUUUAAUCUCGUAAUUCCCCCUUAUGUAGGUAUAUAACCAUUUUCUGUGAGAGUUUGUUGAGAUUUCACCCAUCCGGCACGGCCAGGCGGACGCCCGUCUAUCAGGACAGUUUCCGGGGAAUCAAAUGCAUCGGCAAGUGUUCUCGGAUUGCUAUGGAAAGCCAAAAGAGACUGGGGGAUUCAACGAAGAAGAAUGGAGAGUCGAGAGACACGAGAAAGGUUGGAUAAAGCUGUUGCCAAGGCUCCUCUUCUCUCUUUCGCUCCCUAGAAUCCUCGAGGGAAAUCAAAAAUGCGACCCAACGCCAAGAUGGCUGCAAGCUCUACCGUGUGUGGAAUCUAUGUAUGUUGUACGUUGAAAGAAAACCCUCAAUUUUGCCCAUUGUUAUAGUUAGGGCAAGUAAAUGUACUGAUGCUGAGGGGUGAGUGAUCAGGCUGUCGAUUUGCAACAUCAUUUUAUCUUAUGAUCAAAUACAAUCACACCCCUGAAUCUGUUUUCUAUAUCUGUAUAAGUAACCGUGUCCAUUGGAAUUUCCGCUACUCUCAUUAGUCACGAUUUCGUUUAACAAAUUGAAAAAUUUAUAUGGGAGAAAAUUAAAGAUAAUGCGGGUUUCUUAGUAUCAAAAUAGAGUAGUGAGUGGCAGCACCCUACAGAUCAUGCAACAAGUUCGGACAGUCUUCUACCCGCCUUUUCACUAGUAGUGACCUCUGCCGAAACGUUAAACUGUGAGCUUUCGAAGGUGAUGUUUUGUUGAGGUUACGUGCUUGCAGUUUCGUCAGAUAUUGUAAAAACGAGUGAUUUGAAGUAUGUCGAAUUUUGGAUUUGGAGCUGCUGCCGCUGGUACACCGAGCACAACGUUCGGAUUCGGUGCUACAAAGCCAGCACCAGCGUUUUCAGCAAAUACACCUUCAUUUGGAACAAAUCCUGCUGUAACCGGUGCUUUAUCCUUCAACACCACAGUAUCUGGAACAUCUACAACGCCAAACUUUGGGUUUGGUAGUACACCAGGUACAUCUACAGCAUCCCAAUCAUCUGGACUAUUUGCUACUGGUGGAACAGCGAUAACAAGCGUAUCAUCGGGUCUUUUUGCAAGCCCCAUUGUCUCAGCAGCUCCUACAACUGGAGUUAAUUUUGGUACUCCGACUCCUUCAACAGGCUUAAAUUUUGGAACCGCAACCAGUACACAGCCUACUAGCAGUCUCAAUUUUGGAACAACAGCCGCUACCACUCCAUCCUUUUUUGGCACUACACCGGCAGCUACAGGAAGUUUUUUUACUGCUAAGCCUGCAACUACUGCAGCAACAGCAACAAUAACAUCGGUAUCCCUCAAUACGACAGGACUUGGUGGAGUUGACGUUUCAGCUAACAAACCAGGCUUAACUCAGGGCAGUAGUAGCCCAACAGCAGCUAAAGAAAAUCUGAUACCAGCUGAACUCAAGCAAACCAUCAAAAACUUCAAGGCAUUUAUCAAAACACAAAAGGCGUUUGCAUCGGACAUAGCCCGAGGAUCGGUUAGGCCUCUGAAUCGUUGCACAGAAGAUACAGCCUCCUUGAUGGAACUUCUAACCACACUAGCUGGAUCUGUUCAACGUGACCGUUCUUUGGCAGAUAAACUCAAACAAGACACAGCAAAAGCGCUGCAGAAUGCAGAAAUUGCCCAAAGAACGCACGAAACUCCUGCGGGACUGCAGUACGAGAACAAUGCACCCUUAUACUUCUUUAUGGAGCUUGCUGAGAGCUUCGAACAAGAUUUGUUGUUAUUCAGAUCUCAAAUAGAGUCAACAGAGAAACACAUACACACCAUGGUUGCACCGAAGACGUUGACUCCUCAAGAGUUAACAAUGGCGAUGAGUAAACUCCAUGAAUCAUUAAUAGCAGUUGCUGGCAAAUUACAAGGAGUACAUUCAAAGGUUCAACUACAGAAGGAACAGUAUCUUAAUCUCAGAAAAUAUGUUCUAAAAGAUAGUUCUAAUGUGUUUGAGGAUACUAAAUUGAACGGCAAAGAGAGCAGAAUCAGCUCUGGUAAAAUCAACAGUGGCCCAACCCCUUUUGGUCCAGGAAACAAAAGUUUCCUAUCUUCAACAAAUCUAACCACAAGCAGACCGCCAAACUAUGGAACUCCAAACCCUCUAGCUUGGGGCAAUACAUCGUCGCUGCAAUCGGCCACUAGUAUUUCGGUUGGCACAAGUAUUAAGCCCCCGACAACCGGAUUGAGUUUCAAUGCACCAUCAAACUUAGCAGCAUCCUUGUCAGCAGCUGACUCUAAUUCGAGUUUUCAACUUCAAAAACCACCAACCGGUAACAAGAGAGGUAAGCACUAAAAGUUUGCAGUCAAUUAUGCACUGAGUAUUCGUUUAAUUGUAUUAUUUCAAUGAACCAAUUUUAUAAUUGAAAGGAUUACUUAGAUAUUUAGGCAAUAAAACUUUGGUGUAACCAUUACAGUGGUUGGUGGAACAAAUAUUAUAAGAUGCACAAAUUAGAGAGCAGGAAGUUGAGGGUGAAAUAUUUUUUUAGUAAAAAACUUCAGUUGAAACUAAUUUCUAUCUUUCAUCUAAUUCGGAUAUUGGAGAAUUAUACUUGUCUAACACAACAUUAUUUUGAAUCAUUAAAAAAAAUUCACACUCGCAUGUAUCCAAAAUUGGAUAGGCAAGAAAUCUUUUGAAAGAAAUCGUCAACUCAAGUGGAUUAUUUGAUUUGUAUGGAGUGAACAUUAAUUAUACUUGUGAAUUUCUGAAAGCUCUGAUGUUUGCAAAUCAUUGUAGUUUUUUGAAUAGAUAUGUCUAUAGUAUUGCAUCUCCGGGAUACUUCGCGGUGACUCACUGCCGCUAAUCUUGUCGAACUUUAUUCAUUUCCAUACGGUCAGGGACAGACGCUCCGAAUCAUUUCAUUGUUUUCACUUAAAAAAAGUAUCAUCUGGUAAUUAAUCGGAUGCAGAUCGUGCUAGUGAGUUUUCAAUUUCAUCUGUUCGUCAGAAAUGGUUUACGGCACUCGUGACAGAAUGUUUAGACUUUUCCGAAAAUGAGUACGUGGCGUUGUAACAAUUGUAACAAUUUACCUUAGCGAAUUCAAAUAUAGAUUCCACACUUUACGCGGAAGACAUCAAGUUCACUAAUAUUAUAAAAAUAUUCGUUCAAGUUCCCAUAAGAGCAUAGGUACUGUAUAUUUUUUUGUUUAUACCUCAGAGUUUACACCGAACUUUUUACUGUGUAUUUUUAUAAUUUGUACAAAGUGAAUGGGUAGUACUAAAUUAUACUUAAAUUGAUAUUUGAAAUAUUGUUAUAAUUAAUAAAUGAGAAACGUGUUUUACAUUAAA